UAGGUUUGGCUAUAUUAUUCCAAGUACAUUGUCUAAAACCGGCAAAUGUAUAUUGUGUUAUAUAUACAUGUUGCUAAACUAUGGUGAUAUUAUUAAGAGAAAUUUUUGUGUUCUGCAGAACAUCAUGGAACUUCUCUCGCUCAUAUUAACCUUCACACCAACUCUUCUACUGCUACUUCUCAUAGCCUGCUCAAUCCAUGUAGUUCGAAUAUUUUCUGGAAAGUCGAUCACAAGUAAAGAUUACUACCCGGUGGCUGGAACUCUUUACGGUUUGGCAUUCCACUGGAACAGGCUGCAUGACUACCUAGGUGAAGUUGUUAGACGACAUGGUACUUUCCGCCUUCUUGCUGCAGAGCACUCUGAAAUUUACACCACGGAUGUUCGGAUCAUUGAGCACGUACUAAAAACCAAUUUUGAAAAUUACCCUAAAGGUCAGUAUAAUCAUGAUAUAGAAACAGAAUUGUUUGGCCAGGGGAUCUUUUCUGUCAAUGGUGCCAAGUGGCGACAACAGAGAAAACUUGCGAGUCAUGAGUUUUCAACAAGGGUGUUGAGAGACUUCAGCUGUAAAAUAUUCAGAAAAAAAGCAGCCAAUUUGGUUAGAACGGUUUCUGAAUUUGCUACUACAAGCAAAAACUUUGAUGCACAUGAUUUGUUGAUGAAAUUUACUCUAGAUUCCAUAUUCAAAGUUGGGUUUGGAGUGGAUUUAGGAUGUUUGGAGGGAUCAACAAAAGCUACGUCAUUUAUCAAGGCGUUUGAUGACUCAAAUGCACUAACAUUUCACCGCCACAUAGAUCCAAUUUGGAAGCUGAAGAGGUUUCUUAACAUUGGUUCAGAAGCUUCGCUUAAGAAGAACAUCAAGAUCAUCCAAGAUUUUGUGCAAAACCUCAUUACCAAAAAGAGAGAGCAGACAGAAAAUAGAGUUAAUUUUAGCGACAAGGAGGACAUACUUUCGAGGUUUUUGGUAGAGAGCAAGAAGGAUCCAGAAAUGAAUGAUCAAUACCUCAGAGAUAUCAUUCUCAACUUUAUGAUUGCUGGCAAGGAUACUACUGGAAACACGCUUUCAUGGUUUCUCUAUGUGCUUUGUCAGAAUCCUCUAAUACAAGAGAAACUCGUCCAAGAAAUCAGAACAGUCAUCAGUGAUCAGGGGGAUAGAGCCAGUGUAGAUGAUUUCCUGGCAAAUAUAACUGAUGAAAUACUCGAGAAAAUGCAUUACCUUCAUGCAGCACUGACAGAGACACUGAGGCUAUACCCUGCUGUCCCAUUGGAUGGGAGAUGUGCAGACAAAGACGAUACUCUUCCAGAUGGUUACAAAUUAACGAAGGGCGACAGUGUAUACUAUUUGGCAUAUGCAAUGGGAAGAAGUCAUGACAUUUGGGGCGAAGAUGCAGAGGAAUUUCGGCCUGAGAGAUGGCUUGUUGAUGGCACUUUCAAACCUGAAUCACCAUUCAAAUUUAUAUCAUUUCAUGCUGGUCCAAGAAUUUGCCUAGGGAAAGACUUUGCUUACCGGCAGAUGAAGAUAGUAUCCGUAGCACUCCUGCAUCAUCUUCGAUUUGAGCUAGCUCAUGCUGAUGAUGAGAGGAAAAAAAGUUUGACCUACAGGACUAUGAUGACUCUUCAAAUCGAAGGAGGACUUCAUCUUCGUGCGCAUACAAGGGCAAUUUAAAUGUUUUUCCGAUAUUUAUAAACUGCUCUCUGUUUGAAUGUAAAGAUUAUGAAUAAGAAAAUAGUUAUGCAUCUCAGCAGAAAGUUGUCAGUGAUGACUGACAGCAAACAGGAUAUACUGUAUCUAAGUUUCCGGCCAUGCUUUCCUGACAUCCAUAAUUCAAAAAUUGUAUGCUAAAUUUGUGGUGAUAUAUCACCAUGAUACAGAAUCAUCUAAUAAUUGAAUCUGAAUUAAAGGCACAAUUUUGAGACUA